AUGGGUUGCGGUUCUUCUUAGUAGACAAAUUAAGUAGUACCGAUUGUUAAAAAAGUCAACAACUUAUUUCAAGCUACUAAGGUAGGUUCUAUAGAAGUUAAGAAUAGAUUCGUUAUGACUGCUAUUUCAAAGCUAUAAAUUGAACCAUAAGCUGAUUAGUAAGAAGAUUAUUUGACUGAUUACUAUACUGAGAGAUCAGGCUUUGGAUUAAUUUUUGCUGAAUACGAUUAAAUAACGCCUCUCGCUAGUUCAUUUUAUGGCUCUGAACAUAUGGACGAAUAAGAAGAAUAGAUAGAAGAGUGGAGACGCUUAAUUGAUAUUGUUCAUUAGAAAGGUGCUAAAAUUGUGCUAUAAUUAUGGCAUCCUGGUAGAGCUGUACUAAGAAAAUUUAAUGGAGGAGAUUAACCUAUUGCGCCAAGUCCUAUUGCAAUAAGAACAAGAAAUCAAGAAAUUUUAGAAAGCUACCCUAUUCCAAAAGAAAUGGAUAUUUAAGAUAUAUAAGAAGUUGUAUAAUAGUUUAGAGAAGGAGCUAUCCAUGCAAAGAAAGCUGGCUUUGAUGGUGUUUUAUUAAAUGCAGCUGAUGGAUAUUUAGUAGACCAAUUCAUAAAAGAUGGAACAAAUUCCAGAAAUGAUGAAUAUGGUGGAAAUAUAUAGAAAAGAUGUAAAUUUUUAUUUGAAUGCUUAGAUGCAUUGACAGGUGUUUAUGGUGCAGAUAAGGUGGGAGUAAAAUUUUCUCCAACUGGCCGUGCAAACGAUAUGUACGAUUCUAAUCCUUUACAGUUAAUGAAAUACAUACUCAGUGAAUGUGAGAGAAAAAAAAUAGCAUUUGUAGAAAUAAAAAAGCAUUCCUAGUUAGAAUUGGUUAAGAAUAGUGGGGAAUAAGUUGACUAAUUUGGUUAAAUUUCCCCAAAUAAAUAAAUUCCUAAUUUUUUUGAAGAAAUGAGAAAUGCUUAUAGUGGUACCAUAAUAGCUAACGAUUCCUUAUCUUAUGAGCAAGGAACUCAAUAUUUAGCAUAAAGGACUUUUGAUUUGAUAAACUUUGUUUAAUAUACAAUUGUUAAUCCAGAUUUAGUAGACAGAUUCAAACAUGGCUGGGAAGUGGCUAAAUCUGAUUAUAGUCCUCAGAUUUAGAUUCGCAACAAGCGUCGCUCACAACGUUCAAGUAUAUUUGGCUUUGAAAAAGUCAUCACAAUUAAUCAAUGA